AGCGGCGCUGGAGACAUUUGAUCGAUUCUUUGAGGUUCAUUCAGACGUUGUGUGAUGUGUAAGGGGCUGUCUGCCAUCCCCUCCUCAUGCCUGGAGAAGGCGAAGGGCAUGAGGGUCAAACUGUCCCACCUGGCCCAAAAGCAGGACGCGAAUGAGGAGAAGCUGCCUCAGGACCUGGAGUCUCUGCUCAACAGCAAGCCUCACUUCUCUUCUCUAAACGGAACUUCUCUGCGCUGCUUCCUGCGCUCGGAGCUCAGCGAGGAGAACCUGGAGCUCUGGCUGGCGUGUGAAGAGUACAAGAGCGCAUCCGGGUCCCACAACAUCUACAACCUGUUCAUCAACCCUGAUGCUCCUCGGGAGGUGAAUCUGGACAGUGAGACCCGCGAGGCGUUGACGGGGCUGAUGGAGGAUCCCACAGCGGACACGUUCGGCGAGGCUCAGCAACGGAUCUUCUCCCUGGUGGCUAAAGACUCGUUCCCACGUUACCUGCGCUCCUCUUACAGCCAGCAGCCUCUCAAAGUCCUGUGAGACACGCUGUGCUGGCAAACCCUGCGUAUCUGAGGUCUAGACCAGAUCUGCAGU